UUGUGUGCAUUCACUGCAUACCUAUUUUUUUUUCCCCACAGAUAGUGAAAAAUGCCUAAAAAGAAGACUGGUGCUCGUAAGAAAGCUGAGAACCGUCGUGAACGUGAAAAGCAGAUAAGGGCUUCAAGAGCCAACAUAGAUUUAGCCAAACAUCCAUGUAAUGCUUCAAUGGAAUGUGAUAAGUGCCAAAGGCGACAGAAGAACAGAGCUUUUUGCUACUUCUGUAACGCUGUUCAAAAAUUACCCAUUUGUGCACAAUGUGGAAAAACGAAAUGCAUGAUGAAGUCUUCAGACUGUGUUAUAAAACAUGCUGGUGUGUACAGUACUGGAUUAGCAAUGGUGGGUGCCAUCUGUGAUUUCUGUGAAGCUUGGGUGUGUCACGGGAGGAAGUGUCUCAGCACACACGCAUGUAUCUGCCCUCUUGCAGAUGCAGAAUGUAUUGAGUGCGAAAGAAGUGUCUGGGACCACGGAGGCAGAAUAUUUGCCUGCUCCUUUUGUCACAAUUUCCUCUGUGAAGAUGAUCAAUUUGAACAUCAAGCUAGCUGCCAAGUUCUGGAAGCAGAGACAUUUAAAUGUGUCUCCUGCAACAGGCUUGGGCAGCAUUCGUGCCUGCGCUGUAAGGCUUGUUUUUGUGACGAUCACGUGCGAAGUAAGGUUUUCAAGCAGGAAAAAGGAAAAGAGCCUCCCUGCCCUAAAUGUGGCCAUGAAACUCAGCAGACAAAGGAUCUGAGCAUGUCUACACGCUCUUUGAAGUUUGGCCGACAGACUGGAGGUGAAGAUGCAGAUGGAGCUUCUGGUUAUGAUGCCUACUGGAAGAGCCUCUCCUCCAGCAAGGCUGGAGAUGCAGGUGACCGGGGGGAUGAAUAUGAUGAAUAUGAAGCAGAAGAUGAUGAUGAAGAUGACAAUGAUGAGGGAGGGAAAGAUUCCGAUACUGAGACUACAGAUGUAUUCAGCAAUUUGAAUUUAGGAAGGACGUAUGCUAGUGGGUACGCACAUUACGAGGAACCAGAAGAUGAAGCUUAGUAUGCUGGCAAACGAAAAAGACUUGGGAGGAGCCAAGCAGUGCUUCACUUGAGUUGUGUACACGCCAGUGGGAUAGCUCUAUCAGGUAUUUGCAUAUCAAAGAGAUUAAAGAGUGUGAGACUUCUGCAGUAAAUCCAAGUGAGAUUUUUUUUUUUUUGGUGUAAACCAAUAUUUGUUUUGGGACUGGAGUAGAAAACAAGAAUAUUUUUAUUCCCCUAAACAACAAAAGUAAUUUUGUCCUUGAGUUACUGAGUAUAAUGGUUCAAUGC